UUACGUAGGAGAUUCAGUGUGUUUUCUGGUGCGCAAAGUGGAAGUAUCGUUAACAGGGGCAGUAUUCUAAUUCUAAUGGUGUAGUUUCCUCACACCUACCCACCCACCAGUGCUACUCUUUACUCUCGAGCUAAAGAGCUGGGACCGAGUGAGGGAGGAACGUGUGCGUGUUAAGCUGAACUGUGCACGGUGAAAUGAUAUCUAAAAAAACAGGGAAAAGUGUUAGAAGUGAUGGGGAGAGGUGGUGAUUUCUAGUGUGUACGUGCGUGUGUGUGUGUGUGUGUGUGUGUGUGUGUGUGUGUGUGUGUGUGUGUGUGUGUGUGUGUGUGUGUGUGUGUGUGUGUUUAUAGGUUUCAGAUCUGGCACGGAGAAUCACAAUGUCUACUACCUCAACACGUACAGUAUACCUCCAUCGCCGUCCACCCCCACCCCCUACGCCCUCCUAUGACUCGAUGGACGUCCCUGUUCUCAUCCUCCCUCACAACCAAUCCAACCUGGUCACCACAGCCAAGUACACGCUUAUCAACUUCCUGCCCAAGAAUCUCUUCCAACAAUUCCGACGGUUGGCCAACUUCUACUUUCUGUGUCUGGCCAUAAUUCAUAGCACCAUCGACAGCCCCGUUUCCCCACUGACGAGUAUCCUGCCACUCAUAUUUGUGGUGAGCGUGACGGCAGUGAAGCAGGGAUACGAGGACUGGCUGAGGCACCGCGAAGACAAUAAGGUCAACAACGCUCCCGCCACGGUGCUGAGGGACGGUAAGCUCACGGGAGUAAAAUGGCACCAGAUCAGCGUUGGGGAUGUGGUGAAGGUGAGUGACGGAGAGGAGUUCCCGUGUGACCUACUGCUGCUCGCCUCUUCUGACCCCGAGGCCAAGUGUGACGUCACCACCGCCAACCUGGAUGGGGAAACUAACUUGAAGGUGUUCCUCUGUCCCUCCGAAACACGCAAACUGAAAACCGUGGAUAACCUUUGGAGUUUACAUGCGACGGUGCAAUGCCAGUUGCCACACGCCAACCUCUACGACUUCAAGGGCAGUCUACAGGUACACCACGGCAACAGCCAGGCCACGAGGACACCGCUGGCCACGGAGAACCUGCUGCUGAGGGGCGCCCGGCUCACCAACACGGGCUGGGUGUACGGUCUCGCCAUCUACACUGGACAGGAUACUAAAAUGGCAUUGAACUCUAAGUCGAUGAAUUACUUCCUGGUGUUCUUCCUGAUGCUCAUGGUGGCAGAGAUUGUUACGUGCACUGCCCUUAAAUAUUCUCUCUUCAGCCAGGACGUCAUCAACACAAUGUGGUAUCUAGAUUACCCGAAGGAGGUUCCCGUCACAGCCAAAGGCGUAUACCAGGACAGUGUUUCCUUCCUCGUCAUCUUCAGCUACAUCAUCCCUGUCUCUCUCUACGUCACCCUCGAGAUGCAAAAGUUCCUCGCCACUCUCUUCCUCCAGUGGGAUGAGGAGGUGUCUGGCGCGGGGGAGGAUGAGGCGCCCAAAGUCAACACUUCUGACCUUAACGAGGAGCUGGGACAGGUGGAGUUCCUAUUCUCAGACAAGACGGGGACACUGACGGAGAACAUCAUGAGCUUUCGGCGGUGUUCUGUGGGCGGCAAGGAUUACGUGGACGCCGACGGGAGGCUGUACGAGGCCAGCACUAACGACGGAUACGCUGCUGGGAAGGUUCUCGCAAGCCUAUCGGAGGAAGUGGUGACGUUCCUGGAAACGCUUGCAUUGUGCCACACAGUGCAGGUCGCCUUCCCAGCCGGUGAAGGAAGGCAAAACGAAGCCGAGGCAGAAAAAUGGCCAGAGGGCCAGAAUGUGAAGCCUGAAUACCACGCCUCCAGCACUGAUGAGAAGGCGUUGGUUGAGGCGUGUGCUAGGUAUGGCGUUAUCUUCCUGGGACGGCGGGAUGACAAGGUUACAGUGGAGGUAUGUGGCAAGGUCAGGACGUACACUUGCCUGCAGGUCCUCGACUUUGACUCAGACCGCAAGUGCAUGUCGGUUGUGGUACGCGAAGACUGGUCGGGGCGCCUGUGGUUGCUGACCAAAGGCGCCGAGAGCAGUGUGCUGAGGCGCUGCCGAGUGCAGAGCGAAAAGGAGCAGCGACUCCAUGACGCCACGGCGACCCACAUCGACGACUACGCCCUGCUGGGUCUCCGCACGCUGGCGGUGGGUCGCCGGGAAAUCAGCGAUCAGCAGUACCAGCUUUUUGCCACCCAGCUGUUCCAGGCACGAAUGAUGAUGGAAGGACGCGAAGAGGCGGUUAAGAAGGUAAAGAGUCAGAUGGAGGCGGAGCUGACCUUGCUGGGAGCCACCGGGGUAGAAGAUCUGCUUCAGGAGGGAGUCCAGGAAACCCUUGAGUCUCUGCGGGUGGCGGAUAUCAAGGUGUGGGUGCUGACUGGCGACAAGGUGGAGACGGCGGUCAACAUCGCAUACUCGUGCGGUCACUUCAAGAAGUUCAUGACGGUGCUGUCUCUGACUGGCCUGCAGGAGGUAGAGCACGCCGCCGCCAGGCUGCAGCAGUGCAUGGAAGAGGCUCGCGGCGAGGGGUCCUAUGGCCUGGUGGUGGACGGAAUAUCGCUGGUCAUCCUUCUCCGCGUCAUGGCAGAGGACUUUUACGAGCUGUGCCGCGUGUGCCAGGCAGUGGUGUGCUGCAGGAUGUCCCCACACCAGAAGGCAGAGACGGUGAAGCUGGUCAAGAACUCGAAAGACUCCCCGCGGUGCGCUGCUGUGGGUGACGGAGCUAAUGACGUGUCCAUGAUCCAAGAAGCUCACUUAGGAAUAGGCGUGAUGGGGAGGGAAGGGCGGCAGGCAGUGCGGUGUUCAGAUGUUGGUCUCGCGAAGUUUAAGUUCCUGCAGAAGGUUCUCUUCGUGCACGGCCACUGGAACUAUGUCAGAAUGGCCAACUUCGUCAACUCCUCCUUCUACAAGAACAUUGCCUUCAAUACUCCCAUGGUGUUUUACUCGGCAUGGAGUGCUUACUCAACACAGAGUGUCUACGAAGGUUUCAUCCUGACGAUGUUCAACAUUACAUGCACGACGCUCCCCACGUUGGUUUAUGGACUUUUUGAGCAGGAUAUUCCAGCUGACUUUCUCCUUUCGCGGCCGCACCUCUACCAGCGCCUCACACGCAACGCUCUGCUCUCUUGGAAGGUGUUCUUAAAAUGGAAUCUGUUCGGACUGUGGCACGCGGUGGUCAUGUACUUUGGGCUGAUGCUGUCCUGCCAAGACGACACCUGCGGCCUUCCUGACGGACAGACCCCUGACUUGUACUUGUUUGGGAUGGCGCUGGGGACGCUGUGCACCUUCGUCGUGAACUUCAAGAUCUUCCUUGAGGCCAACCACUGGAAUUUGAUGCUCGUCUUGGCCAUGCUCGUCACUGCCCUUGGUUACGCUCUCUUCUAUGUCAUCUACUCAGGACUCCCUGUCACGCCAUUUGUGACCUACGGAAUCUACUUCGUGUACUACCGUCUGUACGAGAGUCUCUCCCUCAAUCUGACGUGCCUCUUGCUGGGAGUGACCUGCCUUAUGCCUGACCUGCUCGAGAAGACCUACAGAUACUCCACCGACCCAGAGAUGAAACUGAUGACGGAGAAAAGAAAGAGAAAAAGAAAGGAGAAGAGGAAGGAGAGGAGUUUCAGAAGCACAGAAGCACACGACAAUGAGCUGUUCGGAUCUCUAGCGUGCGAGGAUCCGGCAGCUAAAGCCAGCCAGCGAAACAGUACCGAGAGCGGGAUGGCCGUCACGGAGCUCUAGUAGCUUCACGCCAUCUCACAAUUGCUUCCUUUGCACACUUCAUUCAGGAUAGAAAUAAAUGUUAUGCUGGAGAUUACUGACUUUUAGGAACUGUCAUCAGUGAAGAAUAUAAACAAUCACGUGUGAUGGAUACCGGAACUAAAACCAACGAACGAACGAACGUGUGUGUUAAUUAUGAGUGAAACUGCACAUGAAUGAAACUGUACGUAGCACCAGUAAAGAUAUAUCACCUCUUAAGUGUGUGUGUGUGUGUGUGUGUGUGUGUGUGUGUGUGUGUGUGUGAUGAAGAUGUUAUUUCCCCCCAACCGUCUUUCUUCUCCAUUCCUGAGGGAGGGGGAGGUGGUGUGUUGUCAUGUAUGCUGCAGUGCUGGCUGGGACGGGACUGUAUUUGUACUGUACCUUGCAAGUAAAAUUAAGCAAGUAA